UGGCCGGUCAAUUUAGAGAUACAAGCUUCGAAGCAAUAGUAUUAUUGGGGUCUCCCAAAAUCAUGCCCAACCUAAUUCUUUUAACCAAUCUCAUACGGACAAAUCUUUAAAGUCACUGAUUCCAACAGAUUGCUGAUCUCACAAGUAAACCAAACCAAAACCCUAAAGCAAAAGCAAAAGCCAAAACCAGAGCAAGCUAAAGAUAGAAUUUAGAAAAAAAUUAAAAAAUUGGACCUACUCAUUAUUACUUAUAACAUCUUUUUUUUCAACUCAAAAGCGUAUAGUAUUAUAAUUCAAUAAUUCUAUUUUUGGCAACUUAGUAAGAAAGCUGGAGCUAAAAAUAGAGAAAAGAAGUGGUUCGGUGUGGUGAGAUGGCUUCAUUAACUGCUGCUACACCUCUCUCCCCUUUGAGGAAUUUAAAGCCUUCUCUUAUUGAUCAUCAUCAAACUUUUCUUUUUUCUAAUAGAAGAAGAUCCAACAAGAAGAAGAACCAAGCUAUUGUUCCUGUUGCGAGGUUAUUUGGGCCAGCUAUAUUUGAAGCAUCAAAAUUGAAGGUUCUUUUCUUAGGAGUGGAUGAAAAGAAGCACCCAGGGAAUCUCCCAAGAACUUAUACACUCACACAUAGUGAUAUAACCUCUAAACUCACCUUAGCCAUAUCCCAGACUAUAAACAAUUCUCAGUUGCAGGGAUGGUAUAAUAAGUUACAAAGAGAUGAAGUUGUUGCAGAGUGGAAAAAAUUCAAAGGAAAAAUGUCUCUUCAUGUUCAUUGUCACAUAAGUGGAGGCCAUUUUUUAUUAGACUUAUGUGCAAGGCUUAGAUUCUUCAUCUUCAGCAAAGAACUUCCUGUGGUUUUGAAAGCCUUUGUUCAUGGAGAUGAAGAUUUGUUGAACAAUUACCCAGAAUUACAGGAGGCUUUGGUAUGGGUCUAUUUUCACUCGAAUGUUCCUGAGUUCAACAAGGUGGAAUGCUGGGGCCCACUGAAGGAGGCUGUGAAUGGGCCCUACUUUGAAAGUAAGAAGUUGAGGAAAUUGAAUCCCGCAAGUAAUUGGGAGUUGCCUGAAAAGUGUGUUGAAGAUUGUAACUGUUGCUUUCCUCCAAUGAGCUCAAUUUCGUGGUCUGAAUCUGAACAAGUUUCCAAUUGAACUCAAAUUAAUUGGGCCCACAAAAAACGCCAUCAAAAGUUAAACGGCGUUGUUUCACCUCGUGGUUUGUGUGUUAUUAUAAAUAUAAAUAUAUAUUUUUUUGGAUUAAUUAAUGUAGGGCUUUGUAAAUUUGUCGAUUUUACACUGUAAAUACGUGUUAUACUUUCUUCCACAAAUUUUAAUCAACAAAUGUUAUUCCUACUUAA